AUGACAACUCAAGUCAACGGGGCUCACAAGGAUGCUGACCUGUGGUCCUCGCAUGAGAAGAUGCUGGCACAGCCCCUCAAAGACUGCGACACCGAGGUUUACGACAUCAUCAAGAAGGAGAGUAACCGGCAGAGGGUUGGGCUGGAGCUGAUCGCCUCAGAGAAUUUCGCCAGCCGGGCAGUUCUGGAGGCUCUGGGCUCUUGCUUAAAUAACAAGUACUCUGAAGGGUACCCAGGGCAGAGGUAUUAUGGCGGGACGGAGUUCAUCGAUGAGCUGGAGAUCCUCUGUCAGAAGCGGGCGCUACAGGUCUAUGAUCUGGACCCCCAAUGCUGGGGGGUCAAUGUCCAGCCCUACUCAGGCUCCCCGGCAAACUUCGCCGUGUAUACCGCGCUGGUGGAACCCCACGGGCGCAUCAUGGGCCUCGACCUGCCCGACGGGGGCCACCUGACCCACGGGUUCAUGACAGACAAGAAGAAAAUCUCUGCUACGUCCAUCUUUUUUGAAUCCAUGCCCUAUAAGGUGAACCCAGACACUGGCUACAUCAACUAUGACCAACUGGAGGAAAAUGCCCGCCUCUUCCACCCGAAGCUGAUUAUUGCAGGGGUCGCCGUGGCCCUGAAACAAGCCAUGACUCCGGAAUUCCGGGUGUACCAGCGCCAGGUGGUGGCCAACUGCAGGGCUCUGGCUGAGACCUUGAUGGAGCUGGGCUACAAAGUGGUAACAGGUGGUUCUGACAACCAUUUGAUCCUCGUGGAUCUCCGUUCCAAAGGCACGGAUGGUGGCAGGGCCGAGAAGGUACUAGAAGCCUGCUCUAUAGCCUGCAACAAGAACACCUGUCCAGGUGACAAAAGCGCACUGCGGCCCAGCGGACUGCGUCUGGGGACUCCGGCACUGACAUCCCGCGGAUUUUUGGAAAAAGAGUUCCAAAAAGUGGCCCAGUUUAUUCACAGAGGGAUAGAACUGACUCUGCAGAUUCAGGACGACGUUGGUGCCAGAGCCACCCUGAAGGAGUUCAAGGAGAAACUGGCCGGGGACGAGAAGCACCAAAGGGCCAUCAGGGCUCUCAGGGAGGAAGUGGAGAGCUUCGCGGCUCUCUUCCCUCUGCCUGGCCUGCCUGCCUUUUAG